AUAUUCUAGAGUGUGCGGGCGGGGCAGAAGGGACUGCGUAAAGGUUCGAUAGCACAAGGGCGCGUGCAGAUCUCUGAGUGGCUGACGGGCCUAGUUGUGACGUUGCUGCACUAAAUGGAGGCGUAGUAGUAGAGAAAGAUCAUCGUGCAGCAACAAUCCAAGCUCUUCUGAGAUACCAGUUAAAGCACAGUAGCACUGUUUUUGUUUUUUCGUUCCUUGUCCCCAGUUAGUCCCUAAAACAGAAUAUCCAGAUUCGUGUUUAAACCGGUCUGGUCGGCAUUCGGGACGUGGUCUGCUUCGGCCCGUGCUGAUACAACAGUUAGCCAUCAGCGUAUGGAAAGACGACACAAUACGCGUCAUGCGGCUGCUCUAGCAGCAGCGGCGGCUGCGGUAGCUGCUUCCUCCGUCAGUCCAGAGUGCCCCGAUUUAGAGAAAGAGAAGGAAGAAGACCCCCCUACAAGUCAGAGCUCAAUAUCGGAAACAGUGGAUAUGAACAAACGAGAAAUGUAUGAUAGAUUUAAGUGCUGGGCCAUGAAGACUUACGGUGAUAGUGCUAAAACCAAGACAGUUACUCGAAAAAAGUACUCAAGAAUAAUGAAGAUAUUAAAAGGAGAAGAACACAGCAAUGCUGAGAACUCCAAAUUUCGCUUUUGGGUAAAAGCCAAAGGAUUUCGCAUUGGUCCUCCGACAGGCCAAAGAUCGGAAGGAGGGCGAAGUGACCAGGUUCUCUAUGUACCGUGCACCAAGCUGUCUCCUGGAACCGGUAAAGAAGACACUGUAUAUAAGAAGGUGGCUGUUGUUGAAAACUUUUUUAACAUCAUCUAUGAAGUUCACGUUGAUAAGGACGUACGUGGAGGAAAACAUGCAGGACAAAAACGCACUUAUAAAACCAUAGCCGAAACUUACGCUUUCCUGCCGCGUGAGGCGGUAACUCAUUUUCUGAUGUCCUGCGCCGACUGUCAGAAAAGAAUGCAUGUUGCGACAGAGUGUGACGGGAAAAGUGGUUACUAUGGAAACAAGGAUCGUCGUGUCAGAAGUGGGGCCAAUUCUCCUGGAUCAGGCUCUCCAGUUCUAGAAGAGAACAACACCCCCCAACUAACAACUGACAUUGAUUACAACCUACCCAUAACAACAACUUAUUUGAAACGUAUGAGAAGCUUGGGCUUUUCAAAAGAAGAAGCUUUAAAUUUUGACAGAGAGGAAAUUACUUCAAACACUGAGAGCGAGAGCAGCGAGAACGAAACAGCAGCGCUCUCUACUACAGACGGGGGAAAUUAUUCUACAAUGAUUGAAGCUAACGGAGCUCAUCAUAUUUUACGAGAAGAUGAAGACAGAAAAGAAAGUACAAAUGAAGAGAUCCCUAACGAAGAAACUGGAACUUCCCCAAAAGACACACCUCUUGAUAUGAGUGCGUUAAAAAGAGAAAACGGUGAAGUUAAAUGUUCCGAGGAAGAACCAAUCAACAUGAUCAAAACCGCGGACAUCAACAGCUCUGAUCAGUGUCGUCCUCUACAUUAUUGGACAAGUCCCAACAUCGAAACUUCGGCAACUCUCGACGGCAUAAAGGAAGACGAAGACGAUGACGAAGAAGAUGACACAGACAGAAUUGACGUAAAUGCAUACGACCCUGAACGACUGAAGGCUUUUAAUAUGUUUGUUCGGUUGUUCAUCGACGAAAAUCUAGAUCGGAUGGUACCAAUCUCCCGUCAACCAAAGGAUAAGAUACAGGCUAUUAUUGAUUCGUGCUCUCGGCAGUUUCCGGAAUUCUCCGACCGAGCUCGGAAACGAAUAAGAACUUAUCUCAAAUCUUGCAGAAGAACAAAACGAGCACGGGAUCAUAAUGGUUGGGAUUUUGACCGAUCUGCGCCACAUCUAUCGUCUCCGUUGGCCGAACAAAUUCUGUCAAUAGCAUGUGAUAAUGAAAGUCAGAACGCCAAACGAAUGCGGUUAGGCCUAAAGCCUAUUUCAGUUUCUCUGUCUGAAAUUGAUCGAGCUCGUAGUGGUAUACCAAGUUCCUCUACUAUGACGUCAUACACUGAAGCAGCUAACACCUCACGUUUUACAGCGACGCCUGUAAAAAAUACAUUUGUACAUCCUCAGGAAACCCAACUCCAUGCUCAAUUCACUAAACCUAUCCAGCACUCCUUACUACAGACCAAUCGAAAUUUUCCAGCUUCAAUGUCAUCACAAACUUCGGUUGCUCCAACUCGACUCAAAAUUGUGAACGGUGUCACCUGUGAAUCACAACCGUCCAGCAAUUCAUUACUGUCAAGUAGCGUCACCUAUCGGGGUCUACCUCAGUUUCAUAUUGCUGUAACAGAGACGACAGCGUCUCACUCCAAAAAUUCACACCAGGUGACACUUUCUAGUGGCACUCUAACGAAUGGUCCAACCGAUCUGACUGUUAAGAAGCCUUCCAUUCCACGUUAUUCACUUAAUCCAAAUGAGGCCAACGCUGUCAGACAAUUAAUUGCUGGUUACCGUGAAUCGGCUACGUUUUUACUACGAUCAGCCGACGAACUGGAACAAUUACUAAUGCAGCAGAAUUAACGACAACUCGAACUGAUAAGACAGAAAACUUAGUUUCGUUCUCUUAAAGAUAAAUGUAAUAUAUUUGUUGGUAUAUGAUCGACAAAUGAAGAGAAUUUGGUACCAUUUUAUGUCAUGAAUCAAUGUUGGCCUCUUCAGGGAAUUUUUGUAAAACAUAAAACUCAAACUAAUUAUUAUUAGGCUGAAUAAGACAAUUUGACUUGUAGCAGUGCCAACUUUUUUUUAUCUUGAUGGGCCGAUUCCUACAUGGACACAAUUCCUUUUUUCGAAUCAAUUAUUCCGUUGAUUUGUAUUCACGACGUCACGUACUUGAGUGGCAUUACUAUUUUCAGAUCAAAUCUUCUGUUGAUCUGAAUCAGUGACACCAUUUUCAAUGUUAAACACCAUUAUUUAGGUGAAUUGUGGUACUUGUAUUUAACGUUUUAUUGUGGUAAACUUACAAAAAUAUUUCAAUGUCGUUACACUAAUGAUCCGUUCAUACCUUUGUGGUAGCUUACGUUAAUAAAAUCAAAAACAAAUUAUUAAAUCGGAACAAGAUAAAACAGUAAUAAUUUUGCAUAUAUGCACCAAUAUGGCAGGUUAAUGCAUGCUCAAGAUACGAAAAGAGUCCAACAUAGAGAGGUCUGCUCUCUGGAACUACCACUCACCAAAACACCACUUCCACAGCAUCCAGAGUACAUAUCUAGACACUUGCUUUCAGAACCUUUGUCUCUGAAUCAUAAAAGAUCAUUUACACGGCCAAUUUGGUAAGCUACUUCAACACUUUGCAUGGAGGCUCAGUAAAAUACUGCGCGUGUCUUGUUUUCCUGAUCCCAGCUUGGUGUGUUCAUUUCUCUUUCACGGAUAUUAAUUUGGUACGAUUGUACAAGAAAUAACAAAUAACUAAGUUUAUGGGUAUAUUUACACGUCAAGAAAUACAGUUUGUAUAACAAAAAUAAAAUCACCUCCUUCAACAGCAUAAGUACUUUUAUCGUAUUUACUAGGUGGCUCAGCGGUAAGCUCCGGAGCUGAAAAUACUAAAAUCGUGGUUCGAUACCCGCGUUAGGUACAGCGAGAUAGCUCAUUAUGUAGCUUUGCGUUUAACAAGAAACAAACAAGUUUAUGUGAAAUUAUCACCUCACACAAAUAUGAACUUCAUUAAAUAGCAUAAAAAAUAAGUAUGUUAGAUUAAAAAGUUCAAAUAUGAAUUUUUGGAGAAAUCUUUGAAUUGUCAAAUGUUUGUGGGAAAAUUAAAUAUUUUUGUAUGUGUUGAAACUGCCAUCACACAGAACCAGUUGUUGACAAUCCUUCGUUUUUACUUAAGUGCCCCAUUUUGAGUUACUAAUCUUAAAUUAGAUACUGAAUAAAGAUAGUUUUGUAUUUUUUCACUAGUAUAGGAAUUCCCAAAACAAGUUAACAGGAAAUUUAUAAGAAGGAUAUAAUUUCAUAAAAUGUAAUUACCUGUUUACUUAUCUUUUAUAUCAGCCAUACUUUAAUUGCUUAGUAAAACAAUGGAUUUAGUCCCAUCCUAUGAAAAUCACAGUAACCACUUCAGUCGAGUUUUAAAACAAGGCUUAAAAGCUUACUACAUUUAGAUCAUUUCAUUUAAAGGACUUACUAAUGAAAUUUCAUCUAACUAUUUUUGAAACUGUUCGACAGUCGACUCUUAGCUAUCUAAAUGAUGCUUCUUAAGUAAUUUCUAACUCGAAGCAAGUUAUUGAAAAAAUUAUACAUAACUACUUUUUCUUUAAGUCCUCGUAUUACUUUAGAAAAUUCGACAUUCCAACUUAAAAAACAACAGAUUUGCGAUGUCCAAAUUUUGAAUUUUCGAUCCUAAACACACAAAGAUACCACUGACAGAAAAGCAUUCCCAAAUCAUUCUCAUAGAGUUCAACAUUGACAGAAAACUGCCUCCCAAAUAAUUCUGCCAAACUGUAGCUCAAAACUGACAGAAAGGGAUUCCCGAUAUUCUGUUAAACUGAAAAGAGUAAUUCAGCAUUCACUUUUAAUUUUAAUGAAUGUUUAGCGGAUAGAUAAUAUCUAUUUGUAUAUUUGGGGGAAAAAGAAAUUACUUUUUUAUUUUUCUACAUACAUGCAUUUGUUUUAAAAUACCCAUCUCUUAAAUGGCAGCAGAUAUCAGGUACGUUAAUGUGUGCUUUUUUACGCAGAAUAAGUUUAUAUAGUCCUAAUUUUAUAGUUGAUAAAAUAUACAGUAAACUAUUUUAAGGAGAUGUCUUUAAAAUAAAAAUUAGAUAAUCAAUUUAAUUAAAGUGUCAGGUUUAAGUAAGGUAUGUGAUUCGAAUAAUUUAGGAUUUAGCUGUGCAUAUAGUAAGUUAGGCUUAGCUUGACUAUGCUGUUACAUUUGAAGAGUGCUCCCCGGUGGCACAGCGGUAUGUCUGCAGACUUACAACGCUAGAAACCGGGUUUCGAUACCCGUGAUGGGUAGAACACAGAUAGCCCAUUGUGUAGCUUUGUGCUUUAUUUCAAACAAGCAUUUGAAGCUUCGUUUUGAAAUAUAUGGAUGUUGUAAUAAUUUAAGUAAAUAUUUAAGUAUUUGCUGUUUAAAAAUUUUUUGUGACAAUUUUGUUAUAGUUGAAUUAUGUUUAGUGAAAUAAUAACAGUAAGGAAGCAUGUAACAAAGGGAUAAAACUGCUUUUAAUAACGAAUAUUGACAUACAAUAGUUUCAAAACAAAGAUAUGAAUGUUCAUAAAUUGUCUCCAGGCAGGGAUCGAGAACUGUAUUUUGAUGGUCACGGAACGUUAAAUCUAGUGCUGAAAACUGCUAAACGUGGUGUUAUAAUUCUAUAUUCAUAACCUCUUUCACUGGCUACUAUGUUAUUUUAUUCUGGCAUGAACCAUGUGCUGGACUAUUACUAACUCACAGUUUAUUUUUUAACGCCCCCCCCCCAUACCCCGAAUAAACCUUAGCAACGUCCCUGUUAUACCUGAUCGUUUUUAUCUCCAGAUAGAUAUGAAUCACGGCUUGACAUACGUUUUAGUAUUAUUCACGUUGUCAGGAGAAAACACAUACGUUGAUUGUCAUAGGAAAAUUAAGCGAUGUUACUAUAAGUUAGCCCGACAUUGUUAUGUGUUAAUUGAUAAUGUUGAGUAAGCCUUGAACGAUGUCACGUGUUUUUAUACGCUUAGCUUUAUAUAAAGUUCACAGAAAAUUAGUAUUUAAAUUAUGAUUGUAGAAAAUGAUGGUUCGUUUGUUACGAAUAUUGAGACAAAAAACAAUUUCCUCUUAAAGUAGUAUUUGUUCUUGGGAUUAUCUCAUCUGAGGCAUUUCAUUUAAAUCAUAUUUAUCUAAUAUUUCAAUCACGUUAUACAAGUUUAAGUUUUACUUAAAUUGAUGUUAAAAGUGAGAAUUCAUAUCGUGUAAAACAAAUAUUGCUUAAUUUAAAAGACACGUAUCGCAAGUUCGGAGUUCUAAAUCUAAUCCUUCAGCGUUAUUAGCUCAUAAAACCUUAUGUUUGAUAACUGAAAAAAUUGGCUUUUAAUAUAUUUUUCUCGAACAUACUACUUAAAAGGAGGUUGAAAACAAUAUUGAUCUGGUAUUAUUGUCUUGAACAAUCAGUGCCAUCUAGAGGGAAAAUUGAAAGUUUUGUAUUUUUCUAUACAUCAGUAUUCAAGACUCUCGUUAGAUAACAAAUCUUAUACCAUGACAUGUGUUAUCUUAGUCUCCAGCAUUAAUUGAGUGUACACUUUGUUUGCAUGUACACCAAGCAUUAAACUUUUCAUCAUGAACUUGAACUGUAAAGAAAUUAAAUUAUCGACAUUGAAUCUGCACAUUGUUUGUCAUAAAAUUCAAACUAUUACAGCAACCGCUUCAUUUAUUAUGUUGUGUAAUUACCUUACCUUAACUUAUUUUAA